UACGACCUCCUGUGUCCCUCCCUCCCUCCCCGCCAGCCAUGGGCACCGGGACCCGCUGCCAAGCUCCCCUGGCCGGGCUGAACGCUCUCUGCCUUCUCCUCCUCGUUGCCGGGCUGCGCUGUGCCAGUUCAGAUGCCAGUGUAUUUCUAAUAUACAGUGAGAAAGCAAAGAGUUGCCUGGAGAGCAGGGGCACUAGUGUAAGACUGGCUCUGUCCUGCAACGAAAGCUUUGACCAGCAGCAGUGGAAAUGGGUGUCCAGACUGCGACUCUUUAACCUUGGAUUCAAGCAGUGCCUGAGCAUCCAGAGGAGGAACGACACUGUGCCUACGCUGGGUAUGACGGAGUGUGACCAGGAGUCUGCCCAGAUGCGAUGGCAUUGUAACAGUCUGGGCAGACAGCUCAGCAGCUUACUGAACCAGCAGUCUAAAACCAGUACCCCAGGGCCCAACGUGGACCAAACUGACGUGUGGAGAAUUUACAACACUGAUGAGGACCUGUGUGCUCGACCUUAUCAUGAAAUAUACACCAUCCAGGGGAACUCUCACGGGAAGCCAUGCACCAUCCCGUUUAUGUACGACAGCCAAUGGUACCAUGACUGCACCAGCAUUGGUCGAGAGGAUGGCCAUCUCUGGUGUGCAACAACCGUGGAUUAUGGGUUGGACGAAAGGUGGGGAUUCUGUCCCGUCAGAAGUGAUGACUGUGAAACAUUCUGGGACAAGGACCCGUUGACCAAUAGCUGCUACCAGUUCAACUUUCAGUCCACUCUCUCCUGGAGUGAGGCCCGCAUUAGCUGUCAGCAGCAGAGCUCUGACCUCCUGAGCAUCACUGAACUUCACGAGCAAACCUACAUUAAUGGUCUCCUGACUGGUUAUAGUGCUACUCUGUGGAUUGGCCUGAAUGAUCUGGACAUUGAUGGUGGCUGGCAGUGGUCUGAUGGAUCACCACUGAAGUACCUCAACUGGGAGAGUGACCAGCCAGCAAACUCAUUGGAGGAAAAUUGUGGAGUUAUCCGAACAGAAUCUUCUGGAAGAUGGCAGAACAAAGACUGUGGCAUUGCCCGGCCAUAUGUCUGCAAGAAGAAGCCAAAGCCUAAGGAUCCUGUGACCACAGAUAUUUGGGUUAACCGGAAGACCAAGUGUGAUGUGGGCUGGCUGCCAUUUCAGUGCAACUGCUACCGGCUGAACACCGAGAGGAGGAGCUGGCAGGAAUCACAGAAGAGCUGUGUGAGGUCCGAGGGAAACCUGGUCAGCAUCCACCACCUGGCAGAACUGGAAUUUGUCCUGACCCAGGUCAAACAGGAUGUCGAGGAAUUAUGGAUCGGCCUCAAUGACAUCAAACUCCAGAUGAACUUUGAGUGGUCGGAUGGAACUCCAGUUCGCUUCACCCACUGGCAUCCCUUUGAGCCCAACAACUUAGCAAACGGCCAAGAGGACUGCGUCACGCUCUGGGGCUCGGAGGGACGUUGGAAUGAUGGGCCCUGUAACCUCACACUGCCUUCCAUCUGUAAGAAACCCAGUUGCUUCUCUGAAGAGGAGGAGGUUUUGGAAGAUAAUCUCGGCUGUGCAAAGGGCUGGAGGUUGCAUGGCUCUUCCUGCUAUUUUGUGGGUGAGGAAUCAGUGACCUUUGACGAGGCCUUGAAGAAAUGCACAGGUCAAAGGUCGACCCUUGUGACCAUCCUGAACAGAUUUGAGCAGUCGUUCAUCAUCAGCCUCAUCCUCGGUCGUUCCGGCAACUUCUGGACAGCUCUACAGGAUGCCAACCACCCGGGGGUCUUCCAGUGGAUGGGUGGCGACGCUGUCUCCUUCACCAACUGGAAUCGAAACCAGCCAGGUUACAAAGGUGGAUGUGUGGUGCUGGCGACGGGAAACUCUGUUGGAUUAUGGGAUGUGAAGGAUUGCAACAGCUUCAGGGCCAAAUACAUCUGCAGGCAGAACCUGGCAACCUCACUCGACCCAGGAACUGGACCAGCAGCUGUGACUCCUACACCUAGUGUGACAGGGAGCUGUCCAACAGGCUGGGCCUCAUCCCCAACUCUCCGAUACUGCUAUAAGGUGUUUCACUUCAACAGCAUCUAUGCUAAGAAGAACUGGGUGCAGGCACACAUGUUCUGUCAUGAGCAAGGAGCUCAUUUGCUCAGCAUCAGCAGUUUUGAAGAGGAGAAGUUUACAGAGAAACUGGUCAAUGAGAUAUUUGGGGAGUCGGAGGAUUACGAGUAUCAUUGGUUCUGGCUUGGGCUGAACAGGCGGAACCCAGGGACAGAGCAGAGCUGGGCAUGGAGUGACGGAACAGGAUAUUCCUACAACAACUUUGGACGGGAUAUCUAUGAAGACGAUAACAUUCGGCGCUGUGCUGUCACAGACAUUGCCUCCUCCCUGUGGCGAGCAGUACGAUGUGAGAAUCAGCUGGACUGGAUCUGUAAGAUCCGCAAAGGAGCUGUUGUGAAAGAGCCAGAGGACACCGAAGAUACUACAAGCAACAAGUGGGUCCAAUUCCAGGAUGCUGAGUACAAAUUCUUUGAGCAUCUUUCCACCUGGCCCCAAGCCCAGCGGAUAUGCACCUGGAUCGGAGCGGACUUGGCCUCCAUCCACAGCCAGGAGGAGCUGACCUUCCUGGGACAGACUCUGCAGGAGCUUUCCCGGUUUCAGGAUCAGUUUUGGUGGAUUGGUCUCCACACCAAUGAGAAUGAUGGACGAUUCAGGUGGUCAGAUGGUUCGAUCCUGAAUUUUGUCUCCUGGGCCUCAGGGAGGCCACGACCCAUUUCUAGGGACAGAAAAUGUGUCUACAUGUCACCCAGUAAAGAGGUGUGGGGUGACCAGAGAUGCCUGAAUGGCCUGCAGUACAUAUGUAAACGGACAAACAGCUCUGUGGUGAAGCCCCCUUUACCUCCUCCGCCAUCUGCACAUUCUGGGGGUUGUCCAAGGGGAUGGACCCCAUUUGUAAACAAGUGUUUCCAGGUACAUGGAUAUUCUAAAGUGGAUCGUGUUAACUGGAUUGAAGGAAAGGCUGCUUGUGAGAGAGCAGGAGGGCUGCUAGCAACAAUCUCUAAUCUCAAUGAGCAAGCUUUUAUCACAGCCAUUCUUCCAAACAUCACCUUCGACCUCUGGAUCGGGUUGCAUGACACAGACAAGGACUUCCAGUGGCUGCAAAAGGAACCACUGAAAUAUGUCAACUGGGCUCCGGGGGAACCUUCAGGCCAGCACACUUCAUCUGCAGACAGUGAAGUGGUAAACUGUGCAGUGAUCUGGCAUGCCUUACACCCACAGUUCACUGGACGCUGGGAUGACAGGAGCUGCACGGGUGAUAGAAAUGGUUACAUCUGUCAGAGAAACAAAGAUCCAUCUCUACCAUCAACACCUGCCCUGUUCCCCCCUUCCUUGACGUCCAAGCUGAGCUACAUGAACAGCACCUACCGAGUUAUCCAGAAACCUCUGUCUUGGCUGGAAGCCGCCUGGCUCUGUGAGAGCCGCAAUGAGACCCUGGUCACUGUGGUGGACCCCUACCAUCAGGCCUUCCUCACGCAGGUUGUGAACAGCGUCCAACUCCCCCUCUGGAUUGGACUGUCGAAUGAAGAGGGAGCCAGGGCUUUCUCCUGGCUGAGUGGGGAGGAGUCGGACUACACCAACUGGCAGGAGGGGGAGCCGCGCCAGAUCUUGGGCUGUGCUCACAUGGACGUGGACGGGACGUGGCGAACGUCCAGCUGUGAGACGAAGCUGAAGGGAGCGAUCUGCAAAGUGGCUGGAGAGUCCUGGUCCAGCAAGUCAACUUUCGCUGGGACUUGCCCAAGUAGCCUACAGGAUUCUUCCUGGAUCCCCUUCCGUAAUCACUGUUACACCUUCCAUUUGGAGAAGAAUGCCACUCCCAAAGACGCAGCUAAGUUCUGUCAGAAAGUGCAUGGGGCCGAGAUGCUGUCCAUUCUUGAUGAGACUGAGAAUGUGUUUGUAUGGGAACACCUACAGACAUAUGAAAAUGACACCAAAGGCGCUUGGCUAAGUCUCAUGUACAACACAAAGAGCGGCUCACUUGUCUGGCCUGAUAAGACAAUCUUGAACUAUUCAAACUGGGCUCAUGAAACUGAGAACAUGAGUUUAAUGAGUCCAAACACUUGCUAUUGGAUCAACAGCAACACUGGCAUUUGGGGAAUUGGUCCCUGUACCAGCUUCACACUCGGAAUUGUCUGCAAAACACCAAGAGUUCAAGAAAACAGACUUCUCACUACCUCCGGCUCGCAGGGACACACCUUGGACAUCAUCUUGUAUGUGCUGGGCGCGUUGGUGCUGCUGGCGGUGGUGGUGGUGCUGCUGCUCCUGUACCGUCGGCGGAUUGCCUCGGGCUCUCGGCGAGGGGCCUUCGAGAGCGCCCGGUACAGCCGGACCUCCUCGACACCCAGCGAAUCCGUGGAGAAAAACAUCCUGGUGUCGGACAUGGAAAUGAACGAGCAGCAGGAAUAACCCCGGCACCUGCUCCUCUGUCUCUCUUCCUCCUCGAGCAGUGUGCUAAGCACAGACUGGCGUUCAGAACAUAAUGCAGGUCAACAUGGAGUCCCAGCACAGCCUCACAGUGACACAGUUGGCACUGAUUAAUGGGGAUAUGCCUUAAAAGGAUACAUUUCUCAGGCAUCCAGUUUUUUUUAUAUAUAUAUAUAUAUAUAUAUAUACACAUCAAUACUGGUGGAUUUUAUCUGAUAAAUGGGGCAAUUUGUAUCCACUAGGGCCCUCCAAUAAACAGCUUCAACUGUGUUAUUGACCUUGAUGCAGGAGUGUUCCUAUGUAAAAGUGCACAAUUCAAUGAAUAAAAUCAUCAUGCACUCCCUGUGCCUGAUGAGCCUCCCAUCAGUUUCAGCAUGGUUCAGAUGUUGGCACAGUGUUAAUGUGCAGCCUGCCCACUGUUUCUCAGACCCCACACUUCCACAGACAGGAGGAGGGGGCAUGCGUGCUUACACUGAGUGAUCGGGAUCUGGAUUAGCAUCAACACUCUUUUAGAGAGUUCCUGUGAGAAACCGCUAAACCCAGGCAACUCUAGCUCACAGCAGACCUUCAAAAGCUGUUGACGAGGAGUAGCAUAGAAAAUAGCCAGUGGUUGAUGGUGGAUCAAUCUGAGAGGGUGGGGGUGUGUGCCCAAUUAACACUCCGUGGACUGUACCUCCUCUGACCCCUCACAUUUUACGCACUUACCUCGUGUUUUAAAUGAUUAAGGGAUUUGAUAGAGUGGAUAACGGCGCAAGGGGGUAGAACUUCAAAGUUACAAUUAGGCCAUUCAUAGAUGAUGUCAGGAGUCACUUCACACACAAGGUAGUGGGAAGCUGGAAUUCUCUCCCCCAAAAAGCUGUUGAAAAUGUGAAAACUGAGAUUGAUAGAUUUUUGUUCAGUAAAGGUGUUAAGGGUUAGGGAACAAAGCGAAUAGCUCAAGGGACCAAAUGGUCUACUCCUGUUCCUAUGUUUCCAAGACACAAUCAGAUAAUCAGGGGUUAAAAGGCAGGUUUUUCAAUGAUGAUCGAAUAGAUGAGAGAAUGAACAAGACCAGCGUGUUGAUUGCAAUAUGUAAGGGGAGGAAGUGAGCCAGCAGUGAUACAGAGCACGUCAGUGUUGGUAAUUAUGGAAACAUCUUAGGCCCCAGAUCACAAGGGGAGAAAAUGUGAGAAUAUACCUUAAGUGAUGAUGUGUAACCAUGAUCAGACAAAGAUUGGAUCGUUGGAAGGUUCCCUCUCUGCUAAGCAUUUUUGCAUUUAUUAGAUUUUAACUGUAUCCGUCAGGGUCGCUCGCUGCUCAACAGAUCGCUCAUGUUUAUCAAAGGAAAAAUCCCACCUUCUAAGAAAAUAAGGUCAGGGUGGGGAACCUUUUUUCAGGGGCUAUUUCACAAGCUUGUGAUCCCAGUCACAAGUUUCAGAAAUGUCCACUCAGAUCCCACAACUUUCUGUCCACAAAUUUUAAAGGACGAAAAAUCAUGAGAGGGAGGAAGGCGAUGUUUCCAAAUUCCAGCUUAAGUGUUUCCAGGCAGGCAGCUCCAUACCAGGAGCGCAGUUUGUAAUGUGAGGCCUAUAAUCUUGAUCUAUUAUGUGGAUAUAAAGUUAGAGAAACACCAUCAAACGGGUUCCCAAUAUCCCAUUUAUUUUAAACUGGUUAAGACCUCUGGUAAGCUAGCAGAUGAUAGUAUGAUGCUUCAUGUGGUAAUAUUCAGUUAUCCUGGGGAAUUUCUUUUAUUGGUUUAAAAACUGAAGUUAAAGGCUUUUGGGUGCAUUUCAGGUUCCAUCACCUUACAUUAUGGACUUUCAGCCCCUGAUGUAUUGGGUGUGACUAGGCUGCACAGUGGUGAUUGGAGGGUUAGGGCAUCUGUUGACAGAAGACUGGAAGAGCACCUGGGUUAGAUCAGCACCAUCCCAGGGCUGUAUAGCUUCUUCCACUGAGCUACCUUAAGCUCUCUUAUGGGUGGCGGGGGCACAGGGUGCGAUUGAGGGGGUGGUGGAGGUGGGAAGGUGCAGGUGAGAUGUUUCUAUGGAUGAUCUUGUUGUGUGGGUCUCUGGGAAAGGGGCUAGAUUCCUGUGCAUUGGAAGCAGUAGUGAAGAAUGUUACUGUUAAAGGAAAGAAUACUGGGCCUGUGACGGGAACAAGGUGAUGACAGUUUAUAGAAAGUUUGAGAGGACCACGGUAAGUGUUAAGACGUGUUUGUGUUAGGGAGUUGCAGUCGGCUAAUACUGAGAGCUGCAAAAACACCAGUCAGUCAGAUAGUGAGUUAUAGAUGUCAGAGUGAAAGAAGUUAUACCAUCACGAGGGCUUACCUCAACUGGAGGGGAGCAGAUCCAGAGCAAUGAAGCAAACAUCCCUGAACAUUAUCCUAUACUCUUCUGAUCGCUGGAGAUAAAUCUUUCUGUUCUCUGAUGUUCCUUCAGAUAAAGGGAUUGCAACAUUGGAGACCAACAUUUUUUCCAUUUUGCAUCUUAUGGCAGUACCAGGAAUUCUGUAGGGCACUUUAUUGAAAUAAUAUCUGUGCACAAAGCUAUAGAGUCUUGAUGACAAUCAAACAAUACAAUGGGGGUGGAGGGGAGGGG